AUGGGCGUUCACUCUUACGACGAGAGUCCAUCUCCCCCUGCCGAACAGCUUGCUCGCUUGGGUCCACCCAGUGUUCUCGUGAAUGCCGGCAUCCCCUCUAUUGUUUGGGGCGAAGAUGCUCUUUCCAUUGUCCAUCGAGUUCCAACCAUGCUUUUUGAUCAGCAUAUCCUCGUCGAAUCCACACAACUUCACGCUGCCGCUCAGGCAAUCUGCGGUGCGCUUCCUUACUCCAGAAAACUCGUUGAUGAACGAGAGAGCUGGAAAGAUUACUCCAUGACCAACAAAAUCAAGCCAUAUGCAUUCAGUUUCAAUGACGAGACAUUAUUUCUUGAACAUAACAACGUCCAGGCCGCAUGGGAGAAGGACCAACCACAGCAGAUUCUGCUUCAUGACUCCUCUGUAUUCCAUAUUGACGCUCAGGACUACAGCCGUACCUGUCUUAAUCCUCGACCUCCCUCCACCGAACCUGCAAUCACAGAUAUUCGCUUCCCCACUCUGGUUGCCUUUUUCGAUGCCAUCAUCGACACUUUAAACGAACCACCUCUCCCGUUCAAUCACAGGAAGUUUGAGUCAUGGCUCGGAACCAUGAUGAGUUAUCUGUCUUUCUACACCGUCGCAAACACAGGUGGCAUAUUUGACAUUGCUGAGGAUGGAGAACGCCUCCCCAUUGAUGCCUGUUGGCCAAUCCUAGAGCAAGUCAAAGAGGAAAAUCGUCCUAGGCUGAUUCGAAAUUUUAUUGGUCGACGUCUGGAUCCUCAGAAUACCAGGAUCGAAAGAGAAGAUAUCAAGCGAGACGUUUGCCAACACAAGGGAAUUGCUUAUCAUCCUCCCACUCGUCGAAUUCUGUUUGAUCCUUAUUAUGCUGACCGUAAUCUCCCAGAGCCCAAGUGUGCACCUCGACUCACACCGUAA